GCGUGUGGCGCGCCGCCACCGCCAGUACGCGGCUUCGGGGCUCGGGGCUCGAGUCGAGGGGACUCACGCACACCACUGCGCGGGCCUCGUCCACUCAUUCUGGAAUCAAACAACGUAGCGUAGCGGGCCGCGCACACGUGCGCAAGUCACAAAACACGGUUGCCGCUUGUCUACUUGCCUCCCCCCUGCGCUGCUGCCUGCCUCUGCGAGCGGCCGACUCAGCGAGCGCUCAUGCUUCAUUUUGUAAUACUACUCACUUCACUGUGCUCUGCACUGCCUAGUUGUGGUUUGUCCUCGCGAAUGUCGUACGCGUUUUGUGAGUUCCUCGCCAGUGCUCUUUGUUCUGUGAUUUUACCAAACUCGUAUAUAAUACUGGGCGCGAAAACUUUGUUUUCGGUAAAGUGAAUGUGUGAGGUCUCUCUGGGAACAAUAUAAUAAUACCGAACGAAAGUGUGGUGCGGUAAACUUGUGGUGCAGUUCCGCGCAGGCUCCGUGUUCUAUGCCCGUUGUAAUAACAAACUCGUUUCCAUGCAUACUUAUCAAUUAUAAGUGCAUACCUCGUGACAUUUAACUUGGCUUUUAUGAAACUGUUGAGCAGUGUGUUAUUUUAAUUGAGAGCCGUCCCGAACCUGUGUAUACUAACACGGUAUAGUUAGGGAACAUGUCUCUAUCGCACGGCGUAGCGCCGGCUUUUGGCACGCUUUGCUAAUAGUGUAAAGUGUUAGUUUGUGAGUCACUGCACUUUGCGAUGUAGACGCAAUGAUGGAUGUGCAGCUAAACGAAUCGAGUAAGUGGCAGCGCGGACGCUUUCUGUCAACUCUGAACAGAAGUUUUCGAUUAGCAAGUGCCAAAGCAAGAAGUGUCAACAGUUCACCUACAGAGAGCAAAAGCUUUGAACAAAGUUUGGACAUGACAUCGAAUGCAACGGGUUUGAAUCCGUCCACUGAUGGUUCUUGUGCUUUGAGGCCAUUGGAGAUCGUGGCUCCUCGGAUAGACACGUACAGAUUCUCCAUGGCUAACCUGGAAGAGACACAAGAUGCCGACCUGGACGCGAUACUGGGGGAGCUCUGUGCACUCGAUUCAGAAUACGAUGAAGAAAUAUCGAGGGUGUCAUCAGCUUUAUCUUCAACAUCGAAGUCUAGAGCUGAGGGGGCUGGAGAGAGCUCUCAGAGGCCAGAUAAGGAGUGCGCUGAUGGUGCAUCCAGCAUUGCACGUACCGACUCCCCCGAUAAUGACUCAGCCUUUAGCGACACUGUGUCCAUGCUGUCUAGUGAGUCGUCGGCAUCCAGCAACACAAGCACGAAAUGUAAAUCAAUGAAACUGAAUCUCCAUCAAACGCCGAAGGAUGCAAGCUUUCAACUUAAGGCUGACAAAAUAAAGUUAGCACUGGAACGCAUGCGUGAGGCUAAUAUCAAGAAACUCUUCAUCAAAGCCUUCUCCAUGGAUGGAUCUUCCAAGAGUCUACUCGUUGACGAAAAGAUGACUUGCGGAUAUGUUACACGACUACUAGCAGACAAGAACCAUGUCACUAUGGAGCCGAAAUGGGCUAUAGUGGAACAUUUGCCUGAUCUGCAUAUGGAACGAGUCUAUGAAGACCACGAGAUGCUAGUUGACAAUUUAAUGCUGUGGACAAGAGAAUCGAAAAAUAAGAUUUUAUUCGCUGAGCGACCCGACAAGAUAUCUCUGUUCCAAACGCCAGAAAAGUUCCUCUUGACCGAGGACGACAGAGGUUGGUCCAGUGAACAAGAUGAGCACUCAAGACAAGUUAUCAUUGAAGAGUUCUUCGGACAAAGUGGAGGGACUACGAGCACAGUACCGUCCGUUUCAGGUCAUCCAGUGCCUCCCAUGGAAGGGCCACUGUAUCUCAAGAAUGAUGCCAAAAAAGGAUGGAAGAAAAUAUAUUGCGUCUUGAGACCGUCUGGACUGUACUACUCACCAAAGGAUAAGGUGAAAACUCUGAAAGAGCUGGUGUGUCUCGCUACAUUUGACACUAACGAAGUUUACAUAGGGUUGAACUGGAAGAAGAAAUACAAGUCACCUACUGACCAUUGCUUCGCGAUCAAACACCCGAGGCUGCAGCAACCAAAGAGUGUUAAGUUUAUUAAGUUUCUGUGUGCUGAUGAUCAACGCACUCUCGAGAGAUGGGUGACUGCCAUGCGUAUUGCAAAGCAUGGAAGACAAUUAUUGGAGAACUAUCGUUCAUUGGUAGAAGAACUGACUCAAGAAGAUCUCGACCACCUUGCUCAUGCUCGCUCAUGUUCAAUCACUUCUAUACCAACAAAGACGAACGGUAUGCCAGCGCUAGGUAUCAACAGUCCGGCUCAGUCCACUUCCAGCAACGCGAGUGUCGCAAACUCCGACAUCAGUAGCGGCAGACACUCCCGCGCAUCGUCGUCCAGUUCGAGCGGAUGUCUAUCCGACGGCGGCACCGCUUCCGAAAGUGCUUUCGACUGCGAAUUUCCUAUGGGUACGAUAAAGCGCAAGCCCUCAAUGAAGCCUAACAUACCACUCACUUGGAUGACGCGUCAAUUGAAAGAGAUGGUGGAAAAAGGUGGUGAUUGCGGUGCAGAAGACGAGGGCGGUGGUGACUCGGGUACCUUGACCCGGCGACCUCGCCCCUCGCGCACUGAUGACUCCACGCUAAAAAGACAUCAUACCAUCGACUCUACAGAAACAAUAGUAUACAGCAGCACGACAAACAGUCGUCUGAGCAACACUGGCAGUCCAGUUCGCCACGAGCCUCCAUCUCCCACGUACGGUCACUACGAGAGCAUUCCUCGCGACAACAUCUACCGCAACAGCUCCGACAGCGGUUCUGCUUUAUACGGAUACACAGCUAUUUACGACAAAGUGCAAAGACCACCCGCUGUUACCACCGUUGAGGAUUUACCUCCGCCUCCACCUCCAACUGAUGAUGUUCCCGAUGGAAUGUUCAGCUCUACAUUAAGUCUGGAUUCACUGCCGCCCCCACCGCCUCCUCUUGAACCAAUCGAAGAUCUCACUGGCUCCCAACUCAGCUUGCCGCCUCCUCCACCAGAACACACUAUGGAAGCACACACUGCUGCUGGUCGUGUCCACGACAUCGUGAACCAGCUGACGGCGCAACAAGUCGAGCAAGCAGCCCGAGCCGGCCAAUCCCGAGUCACUGCUCGCUCUUCUGAGCACAGCCGCACGUUCCCGCGCCAACCAUCACUCGACAGCGUACACUCGGAGGCAUCCCGAACAUCGUCCCUUCAUUCCGACAAAAGUAUCUAUGGCCAACAAAAUGUAGCGUAUGGUGCCUGUCUAGCCGAACUACAGACGAAGAAAAUAAGUAAUGGCAGUCCUUCUAUUCAAAAGAAGUUAACUACUGAGCCUUCUAAAGAACGCACCGGAUCUAUGAAAAAAGUAAAUUUUGCUGAUGACCUACCUACUUGUUCUGACACUAAGAAGACUAAGAAAAUAUCGUUCAAUUUAAAAGAACAACCUCCGUUGUCACCUCGGAAACCACCACCACCAAAACGAAAUGAAAGCACCAGAUUAUCCUCGCCAAAGAAAUUAGCGGAUUCUAACAGCAAUCCACCAAAAGAGUUCCUUCGAGAUUUGCAAAGAGUAAUGAGGAAGAAAUGGCAAGUAGCACAAAAGUGCAAACUGGAACCAGCUACCACGCCACACGAAGUUCUGGGUUUUAGAGAAUAUCCGUUAUCUGAGGACUAUAAAGAGACAAGUGUAUCGAUGUGGGUUCAAGAACAUUACGGCGGUGGAGUUGAGGACCCAUUCUAUGAGAACGUGUUCGGUCGCGAUCCUCCGCCGCGCCGAGAGGAACCGAAGCCCAUUAAGAAACGGCCCCCGCCGGCCCCGCCGCGCCGCAGCGAGUCCACGCAUCUGUCCACUCACCCGCACGCUCCCCCGGCGCAGCCCACCGUCUGAGCAGGCGCACUCUGUCGGCUGCUGACCUGGUCAUUGCUGACACAAGACUAGCAUGCUUCUUUCAAAUUCAUCUAAUGGAAAACGCAAUGUCCUGGAACUACAUAUUUAUUGGUAAUAUAUUAAUUGUACACGUUGAAUAAUAGGCUAGCAUUGAAUCACUAUAACGAAUCUGUGUCCAUGAAUCGCUAAGCCGAUACACGUAGUGAAUAGAAUCUAAACAUUAUAUAACUUAAACCUUUUUUAAUAUAACUAAGCUCUCUGGAGUUAGGUAAAUGUGACGUAUUUAACUUAAAACUUGGUUAUAAAAUUUAAUAUUAAUAAUGGCUAUAUUGCAUACUAUGCAAAAAGUUUUAUAGGAUGUGUUUCUUUUUUGUAAGAAUGACCAAUUGUUAUCAUUUUGAACGCAGAUUAAAAAAUGUAAGAAUCAGAAAGGGGUGGUGCUAUUUUGAAAGGUAUACUAAGGUAUGUAGGUUGGCUCUUUGCAAGUUCACAAACAACGAGAAAUUAAUUAAAUUAAAUAUAAAAUUGGAAAUUAAAACAAAUGUUAUAAAAUAUAUAUAAAAUGUAAUUAGGCAUUAGGAAAUAUUUAACAUAGCGGUCGUAUUGUUUUAUAUAUACGCGUUGUGUACUCGUAGGUGAUUGUUGUAUGUGAACUUGCAAAAUAUUAUUUAUUGCAUGAGUUGGAGUUUUGUCAAUUUUAUAUUAUGUUCCUAGUGAAUUAUUGUAUAUGUUUUUAUUACGAAAUCGAGCAAUCUGUGUAUGCAGAUAGAUAGAAUUUUACUGCAACUGAAUAUAGUUCAUUUCAUGGGAUUAUACAUACAUAUAUGUAGUCAUUCAGCUAACUAGAGAAAUAUAUUUAAAUUGCUAUUAUCAUACUCGAAUAGCUUCACGUAAUAAAUAGGUUUAUAGUUUGAUGUCUUUCUGGGUAAGCAGUUUAAGAAGCUUCGGAUGAAGUUUGCCACUCAGCAUACUUCAGUGAGUGAGCAACUAGUAGUGCGUGUAGUCGUAAGAAAUAUACAGAAGUCGUAAUAUUCCUCGUGUGUGCCAUAAGUUAUGAUUUUGUUACUUUUACGAUAAUUAUGUAAAUGCGAUUUGGUAUAUGUGCAAGUAGUCAGUGUUUUAGAGGUGCCAACACUUUGUGAGUGUCACCUUUAUAUGUUAACAUCAGUGUACUUGAGAUGAUGGUGCAGCGACCGCUGGCCCGGUCGCUGGGCACCAUGCACCCGACUACUGUCUACGCGUAGCUAGCACAGGGAGGGACAAAAUGAAAAAUAUACAGAACUCCAAUGUAUCUGAUCUCACUGUACCAUCAGUAAGCGUUAUUAUUAUGUUUGGGCUGUGAUUAUAUCGUGACUGGAUUAUUUUCUGAAUACAAUUUAAUUAUGCAACGGCGGCAAAUAAUUUAGACAUUUUAUCGCAUAGACGUACCUACAGUUAAGUUAAAACAUAGCUAAUAAUAGGCGGAACUUUACGAUUAAAACACAUUAAUUAUAUUUCCACCGUAGUUAGUCUGCUAAACAGCUAAUAAAUAUUGGGUAAUUUGUUUACUUUAGCGCAACACUACAGCUGUAGAGAUCCAUUCUUGUGUAGCUAAAUAGCUAUUGAAUUAAGCUUUGAAUACCUGACUAGAUUUAAUUAUUUAACGAUUUACGAUUUUUUUAAUUAUAGUUCGUGGAGCUGUUGAGUGGAGACAGUGUUACAAUAUGAUUGACGCCAUAUGAGGCCUUAACAAUAAACAUUAUGUGACCAAACAUUCUGCCCAGAUAAAUAUCUACGUAUAAAUUAUUCAUGGAGGUUGAUACCCACGUAACUACUGCAAACAAAGGUGUUGAAAUGUACAUCUUUUGUUAAAUGUGAAAUAGACGUCAUUCACGCAGGGAAUCCUUAGUCCUCCUGGGUGUAUCUAAAAAUCAGUGGAUUAUGAAUCUUACUUAUAUGAUGUAAAACGCUACAUUACAUAUUAUACCCUGUCUUUGCUCGCAGUAGGUAUAGAUAUUUCGAUUUAAUUGAUAUCAGCUGCAAUACUAUAAAUGCUGUUUCAUUUCAGUACUAUGUUGCAUUCCUUUGCUAAGUUCAAAAUUAUGUUGUAAUGUGGCACAAAAUACGUGCAGAGAACCGGCUUACUUCAUGCAAGCGUUGCAAAUAUAAAGUGAUUAUUAGCAUUACGACGUGACCAUUAUAAUGAAAUGAAAGUAACGUGAAGAAAAGGAGACCAUGUCUUUAAUUAUUCUGGUUUUUAUUUUAUAUGUACUGUAAUGGAAUUCCAUCCAAAUUCACAUUCGGAUUAGAAAGACUGAAAAUAUGAAAUAAAAA